UUUCUUCUUUAACCCCACCCACAGGCGCAUUUCUCAACACUGCGCUCCUUUACCUGCCGAGGGGAGCCGGAUCUGUACGUUAAAGGACUAAAACUACAAUAAAGAAACAAGAAACUUCUCGGAGAUAUCUAAGUCACGAGUAUUUCACCCAAGAAUGGACUGAACAUUCUGUUGGUCUGAAGACAAAAUAGCCCCAGGAAGAGAAGAAGGGAAGAAAUAAUUUGAGUGCCAGCCGACAUGGACUGGAAGACCUUCCAAGCCCUCCUCAGUGGGGUGAACAAAUACUCCACUGCGUUUGGGCGGGUAUGGCUGUCAGUGGUGUUUGUGUUCAGGGUGAUGGUGUACGUGGUGGCAGCAGAGAGAGUUUGGGGGGACGAGCAGAAAGACUUUGACUGCAAUACCAAGCAGCCCGGCUGCGCCAAUGUCUGCUAUGACCACUUCUUCCCCAUCUCCCACAUCCGCCUGUGGGCUCUUCAGCUCAUCUUUGUCACCUGCCCAUCCUUUAUGGUGGUCAUGCAUGUUGCAUACCGUGACGACCGCGAGCGGAAGUUCAAGGCCAAGCAUGGCGACACCAAGAAGCUAUACAACAACACAGGCAAGAAGCACGGCGGCUUGUGGUGGACCUAUCUGAUCAGCCUCUUCGUAAAGACAGGCAUCGAGGUUGCCUUCCUUUACAUCCUCCACCACAUCUACGACAGCUUCUACCUGCCAAGGCUGGUCAAGUGUGAGGUGUUACCCUGCCCCAACCAGGUGGACUGCUACAUCGGCCACCCAACUGAGAAAAAGGUCUUCACCUACUUUAUGGUUGGAGCUUCGGCCCUCUGCAUUGUCCUGAACAUCUGUGAGAUCAUUUACCUCAUCUCCAAACGCGUUGUAAGAUGCGCAAACAAGGUUAAGAGGCGCAGUCGCAACAUGGCUGUGCAGCAUGACAACUACAGCGAUGACCCCUUCAACAACUGCCACCUGCGUGUGUCCAUGGGGUCUGACCUGAAAGAAAAGCCUCCAUCCUUCAAGACUGCACUCAAGUCUCCACACAGACCUUCUGGACUCAGACUUGAAGAGAAGAUACGGGCCUCUGCUCCAGACCUGUCCACUUCUUCGUGAUUGAAAACAAAAGCAGGCCAAAGGGAAGGAGAUGAGCAGUGCUUGUGUGUUAACUCAAUGACAAAUCUCAGAAAACAGACUCAGAACUAUGAGCCAGAGUGUGUCAGACCCUGGAAGUUGAGUCAUCUGAACUGGAUUCAUCCUGUGGGCCCUUGUGUCUACAUCUAAGACUCUUUUUGAGCGUAUAUGGACUUUGUUUUCCAAGUCAACAUCCACAAGAAUUACAAGUCACAGAGCCAAAUUGAUUUGUCUAUGAUAUGUGGGUUUCUUUGUUGAAUACAAUAAAGGCCUGUGUGGCUUUUCAGCUUCACCCCUUCACCCGUAUUAGAACAUUCCAGUGUGGUUUCUCUGUCUUUCUUGUGAUAGGAGGUUUAACAUGGGAGGGGAAGGAAAGGAAACACUGCACACAAGAAGACAGGACACACCUGGCAGAGGUAUUCACCCACACUGCCAGUGUCUAUAGUGCAGUGUGAUGGCGCCUUGUUAUAGUCAAGUGUUACCUACACAUUUCAGAGAUAUCUUUUUCUUUUAUUUAACUGAGAUGAAAUCAUAGCUUUCUCUAAUUUGCUGUACUGAUGACUCCAAGUCAUGAGAGAUAGGUAGACCAUUCUGCUGGAGAGUGCAGACACUUCUGAGUCAUGGAGUUAUGCCCGAGUGAUACUUGAAGGUGUGCAAACUGACCAAAACGUUGUUACUGCAUUUAUUUUCCCAAUUAAGAUUUAUUACAGCAACACGCAUAUAUCACUGCCAUAUUUCUUUAGGUAAAGCCUUGGUGGGCAUUUGCUUGCUCUUAUGACACACAGCCUCAAGUUGUUCAUAGAGUGCCUGUGCUUUGGCGUGCUUGUACACAAAGUUGCCUCAUCCAAGACCAUUGUUGAUUUAAAUAACGCAAAAGGAAUGCUGCUGCUAGAAGUCGGAGCGCAGUGUAGAAAGGAGGAAAUGUUGAACAAACAGACAGCUCGUUGAACUACUACAUAUUUUUAUGAAUCUCUCAUAGCUCGAUAUGGACAUUUGGUGGAAAAAUGUUUUCUGCACUGUUAAUAAAGUAAUUUUUUUAA